CGGGGUGUGACGUCAGGCAAAGGGGCGUGUGAGCGGAUUGAGGCCGGGGAAGUGACGUCAGAGUGAGGGCAGUGGGUGGGUAGAGAGCGCUAGAGCCUUCCAGAAGGCGAGAAGUCCGUGUAGCUUCCAGAUCCCUCUGUAAGCAACAAGAUGGUGGAUUACAGCGUGUGGGAUCACAUCGAAGUGUCUGAUGAUGAAGACGACACUCAUCCCAACAUCGAUACGGCCAGCUUAUUCCGAUGGCGUCACCAGGCCCGUGUUGAGAGGAUGGAGCAGUUUGACAAAGAGAGAGGAGAACUUCAGAAAUCGGCGAAUGAAUGUAAAAAGAAACUGUCCGAAUGUCAGAAGAAACUGAAAGAAAUGGAGGUUAAGGACAGUGCGAAGGUCGAGGCCGAGAAGCUGAAGAAAGAAGUGGAGCAGCUGAAGAAGGAGGAGAAGAACUGGUUGAAGAAGGAAGAAGAGCUGAAGAAGAAAGAGAAGACGAUGCCUUGGAAUGUGGACACGCUCAGCAAGGAAGGCUUCAGCAAGAGCGUUUUUAACGUAAAACCAGAAGUUAAUGAGGAGACGGAAGAGCAGAAGGAACAAAAGCACAAAACCUUUGUAGAAAAGAAUGUCAAGCAACUGAAACAUUUUGGAAUGCUGCACCGCUGGGACGACAGCCAGAAGUACCUGUCUGAUAACUCCCACCUGGUGUGCGAGGAGACCGCCAACUACCUGGUCAUCUGGUGUAUUGACCUGGAAGUGGAAGAGAAACACGCCCUUAUGGAACAAGUCGCCCAUCAGACCAUCGUCAUGCAGUUUAUUCUGGAGCUGGCCAAAAGCCUAAAGGUUGAUCCCCGAGCAUGCUUCCGCCAGUUCUUCACCAAGAUAAAGACCGCCGACCAGCAGUAUAUGGACGCCUUCAAUGACGAGCUGGAAGCUUUCAAGGGCCGAGUACGGGAACGCGCAAAAGUCCGGAUAGAAAAGGCCUUGAAAGAAUACGAAGAGGAAGAGCGAAAGAAGAGACUGGGCCCCGGGGGGCUGGAUCCUGUGGAGGUUUACGAGAGUCUUCCAGCUGAAUUACAGAAAUGCUUUGAUUCAAAAGACAUUCAGAUGCUGCAGGACGCGAUCAGCAAACUGGACCCUAACGACGCCAGGUUUUACAUGAAACAAUGCGUCGACUCCGGACUCUGGGUUCCAAACGCCAAAGGAGACGCCCCCGACAAAGAGGACGCGGACGCAGAACCAGUCUACGAAGAGGCCAAAAAUGAGUCCACCGAGCAGAAAGCGGAAUCUUAAGGCAUCUCCAAAGCAGCUCUCAACGUGGUGCAAUAGAAUUAGCAGGAUCUCUUCUGAGGGACCUUUACCUUUUUUGACCCACAAGAGGUGCAGCCAAUGCUAUUAACCUUCCUCUGAGAUAUGGAUCCAAUCACAAGGCUGAAGAAAGCAAAAUACAGAAGGGGAACAAAAAAACAAACUGGUGACACUGGGAACGAGGGAUAUAGCGAAGGUCCCCAGGCUCCAUGAUUUCUGGCGGGUACCUGACUGUUGUUUUGUUAAAUUUUCUUCCUUUCCACCUCGGGGUAUGAAUUUUUUGGAGGCUGCUUUUUAUCCCUCAGGGCUGAACGGGCGAGACUGCAUCCCAGGAGGUGACACUGAACCUACGUAAUCCCUAUAGCGCAGUAGCAUGCUGGUUAGGGAUGGUCUACUACAGCUGGGGUGUCGUGCCUAUAUCAGUACUGGGACAGGGAUAACGGCAGUCUUGUGUCCUGUGUGGCUGUGAAUCAUUUGCUUGUUCUGCUUUCUUGUUAAUGUUACAGCACUGAGAAGAACAUAAAAGUCAUUUUUUUCACUAGAAA